GUUUUGUUAGUGGAGAACCACACGAAGUUUUUACUGAAAGAACAUCCGAAUAUCAUCCAUCAGUUGAAGCUAAAACACAAUUGUCCGUAUAUGUGGUAUCCGAUGUUGUUCAAAAUCCAACAACGACAACAAGUGCUAACAAUGAUGAUAUAAAUAAUUCUCCAAGAGAAAGAUUACUAUCGUCAUUAAUUGAUCCUGAUAUACAAGCGCAUUUUUCAUCAAUAAAAGAAGUAAAUUUUGAAACAUCGACCUCUGCGCUUUCGAAUGAAAACAGUUUGUAUUCAAUCAACAUCGAACACAAAAUGAUACGAAGUCGUAAUCAAGUGUCAUCAACAAAACCACCAAAUCAUGUUUCUCCAUCAACAAAACCAUCAAAUCAUAUUUCUCCAUCAACAAAACCACCAACACAUUUUUUUCCAUCAGCAAAACUACCAAAACAUGUUUCUCCAUUAACAAAACCACCAAAUAAUAUUUCACCAUCAAAAAAACGUCGACAUAGUCCUGAAGGACCAAUAUCAUCACGCUUAAAACGCAAUAUAAAACCGGUAAUACAACUGGGACGAUCAUCUGGAAUAUUAUUACAUAUAACAUCAUUACCAUCACCAUAUGGGAUUGGUGAUUUGGGUCCAGAAGCUUUUAAAUUUAUUGAUUUUUUAGUAGAAACAAAACAAAAAUUAUGGCAAAUAUUGCCUAUAUAUCAAACCAAUUCACCAUCACCUUAUUCAGGUGUAUCAGCAUUUGCAGGUCAUUCAUGGUUAAUAUCACCAGAUAAAUUAUUAGACAGUGGUUUAAUAUCUAAAGACGACUUAAUAUCAAUUGAUCGAUCAAGAUUCAACCAAUCAUAUGCUAAUUUUCAACAAUAUAACGAUAGUAUAUGGUCUGAGUGGCCUGAAUCUUUACGUAGACGUGAACAAUAUGCUUUGAAAACAAUCCGUGAACUUGAAAGAGACCGUAUAGAAUAUUAUGUAUUUGUUCAAUAUAUAUUUGAUCAACAAUGGAAAGAUCUAAGAAAAUAUGUCAAUGAUUCUAAAAUAAAAAUAAUUGAUGAUAUACCUAUGUAUGUUGAUUAUGAUUCAGCUGAUGUUUGGUCAAAUUCUUACAUGUUUCGAUUAGAUCACAAUGAUACAAUGAAACCAACUUUUGUUGCAGGUGUUCCAUCUGAUCAGGGUCCAAAUAAAGGACAAAUUUGGAACAUGCCAAUAUAUGAUUGGAAUAAUGACAAUGUCAGAAAAGAUUUAUUUGAUUGGUGGAUAAAACGCUUACAUAAAAAAUUAUCAACUGUUGAUUUUCUUAGAAUUGAUCAUUUUCGUGGUCUAAUAGCACAUUAUGUUAUACCAGUUGAUAUUAUAACACAAGAACCUAAUACUACAGAAGCAUAUUGGGUUAAAACACCUGGUCAUGAAUUCUUGACAGCUAUAACAGAAUCACUUGGUUCAGAUAUUCCAGUAAUUGUGGAAGAUCUAGGUGAUCUUAAACCAGAAGUAUUUGAAUUACGUGAUCGUUUUCACUUAUGUGGUGUUAGAAUUUUACAAAUGGGUUUUUACUCCGAUGCAACUAAUAUUUAUGCUCCUCAUAAUUAUAUUCCAAAUUCAGUGGCAUAUACAGGUAGUAAUUCAUCUAUAUGUAGACAAAUAAUACAUUCGUUUUUGUAA